CUGGCGGCUCUGCACUGAAGCAACCCCGGCCGGGCCCGGGGGAAGAGACGGGGGCGGCGGGGGCGGCUGGCGGCUGGGUUGGCGCAUCGGAGACGGGACUCGUCUGGCUGGAGCCAGCGGUAGGGCCAGAUUCAUUGCUUCCUGACACUGUGAGGUUUCUGCUAUGACCACAGCACCAGCCUUCUCUCCCAACAGUCAGGAUGUCCUACUAGAAAGCACGCCCAAGCCCAUCUCUCUUAAUUGCCUGCCCUCCAUCCAGGACCAUCAUGGGGAGCGUCAGUAGCCUCAUCUCUGGGCACAGUUUUCACAGCAAGCACUGCCGGGCCUCGCAAUACAAGCUGCGCAAAUCCUCUCACCUGAAGAAGCUGAACAGGUACUCAGACGGGUUGCUGAAAUUCGGCUUCUCUCAGGAAACUGGCCACAACAAGUCCAGCUCUAAGGGGAACAAGAAUGAGGAUUUCUUUUACAUCAAGGUCAACCAAAAGACUCAUCGGUCAGAGUACACCCCUCUCUCCAGCGGGGAGCUGGGAGGCCAGGCGGGAAGGAGCAGUGUGGAUUUUGGCACCCCGACAUCAUCCAAACUGAAGCCAGGCUCCAACCAGCUGGAACUGGCUACAGACAAGAGUUCUGCAAGGCCCACGGCCUUCAAGCCUGUGCUCCCUCGCUCAAACACGGUACUCCAUUCUUCUCUGGACCAAGGCAACCACAUACCCCAGCAGCUGCAGUCCCAGGACAAAGCCAAGGACCUGGAUGUUAAGCCAGCACCAUGUUCAGGAGGACUUUCAGAUUCUGGGAGGAACUCCAUGUCUAGCCUCCCCACCCACAGCACUGCCAGCAGCUACCAGCUGGACCCUCUUGUCACCCCUGUAGGGCCCAUCAAUCGGUUUGGGGGCUCUGCCCACAACAUCACCCAGAGCGCGAUCCUGCAGGACAGUAACAUGAUGAGCCUGAAGGCCCUUUCCUUCUCCGAUGGAGGCAACAAGAUUCUCAACCCCAGCAAAGGGUCUUCUUCUCAUCCGCACAGUGGGGAGAAGAACUCCUGCAUCCGCUCACCCAUCUCCACAGACGAGUCAGCCAUUCAGGAGCUGGAACAGAAGCUGCUGGAGAGGGAAGGGGAAUUGCAGGACCUCCAGUGCAGCUUCGAAGAGAAGGAGAUCGCCUCCUGCCAAAGCUUUGAGGAAAAGCAGAGGCGCUGCAGAGAGGAGAUGGAAGGGCUGAAACAAAAAUGCAACAACAAGCUCAAGCAGACAUCGCAGAAGUCGCAGAGAGCGCAGCAGCUACUGCAGCUCCAGGUGUUCCAGUUGCAGCAGGAGAAGAAGCAGCUCCGCGAAGAACUGGCGAACCUGAUGAAGGAGCAGGACUUGUUAGAGACCAAGCUGAGGUCUUACGAGAAGGAGAAGACCAACUUUGCUCCGGCAUUGGAGGAGACACAGUGGGAGGUAUGCCAGAAGUCUGGCGAAAUCUCCCUCCUCAAACAGCAGCUGAAGGAAUCCCAGUCGGAGCUGAACACCAAGACCAAUGAAGUGCUCAACUUGAAGGCCCAGCUGAAGGACAUCCGGGGAAAGAUGGAGCUGCUGGAGAUGAAGAUUCAGGACCUAGAAGACUCGCUGCGGGCCAAGGCCAUGGAGCUGGAGGUCUGUGAGAAUGAACUCCAGCGCAAGAAGAAUGAAUCGGAGCUCCUGAGGGAAAAGGUAAACCUGCUGGAGGAGGAGAUUGUGGAGCUAAGGACAGAUCUAACCAUCCUUAGGGAGGAGAGGAAAUGCGGGGUGGCAUCCAUGGGCCCAGAAGGGACCACAGCAGAGGACAUUCAAACCCUGUGGAGGGAAGUCGAGAGGUUGAAAGCAGAACUCCAGGAGGAGCACAGCAACAAUGAGCAGAUGACGGUGGGCUUCCAGCAGGAACGGCAGACCUGGAAGGAGGAGAAAGAGAAGGUGAUCCACUACCAGAAGCAGCUGCAGCAGAGCUACUUGCACAUGUACAAGAGGAACCAGAAUCUGGAGAAAAUGCUGCAGCAGUUGGCUGCAGGAGAAGAUGGCAAAGAGCCCCUCGAGCUUGACCUACACGGGACUGAUGUCCCUUACGAGGACAUCAUCGCCACUGAAAUCUGAAGCUCGUUGCAUCCUCUGCCUACGGUGGAGGAGGUGGGUCUCUCUCAACUGCUGGGGGGUAGGGUUGUGUACAGUCCUGCUUGUUGGCUGAGGUCCUUGCUUGGCCAAAGUGGAUCUCCAGCUGUUGUCAUGCCAUGGUUUUUUGCUUGUUUUUUUUUGUCAAGCAUUCAGCUCUCCCCAGCACAUCUAAUGCCUCCAAUUGCAUCACUUUGAGAAGGAGAGGGGUAGGUUUUCACCCACCAACUGCUCAGAUGGGGUAGCAUUGACACAGGGGCUGCCUUGCUACAGAAUAUGUAAAAAUCCCUGUGCCAGAAAGAAUAAGGGGCUCCCGCUCACCUGCCAGCCAGGUACAAGUUUGCCAAGAGGCUGGGAAAGAAGGGGAAAGAAGCUCAUUGCAACCCCGUGUGGUGCUUGGAGAUGCCGCUGCAGCUCCUUUGCUCCUCCCAAGCUACAACACAAGACUGUGCAUUCCCCAAGACCAUCCUAAUAGUUGUGUGGGAGGACUAUGGAAGAACUGCAGCCUUUUUGAUCCGUUGUGCCUCUCAUUGUGACACACACACAGCACACAGCAUGCUGAGACCACAUCACAGGUCCUUGAGAUAUCCUAUUGAUUCUGAUUGGCUAGAUAGGCAAGUCGCUUGAUCUGCUGAGAUAAGGAGCUGCAAGAGGAUUCUGGGAUAUUCUGGAGGACUGAUGGAGCUGGGGUUCUAAUUCUGCAGAGGAAUGCACUGGCAAACCACCUCUGCUUCUCACUUGCCUUGAAAACUCUUUCUGGGGUUGCCAUAAGCCAGUUGUGACUUGACGACAAUUACAUAGUCAUGCAGGUUGUAAGGAAAGCCCUCUUUGUCCAGGAGGAAAUAACCCCGUUUCACUAACUGCCUCUUUUAGCAGCAUAGUUCUGCUGUCAGAAAAAAAUAUAUAGGUUAGUGUUCUUGGUUUCUAGAAGCCAUAAUCUGGCCAUCGGCCACUGGGUCUUCUCUCUUCUUUCCUAAUAAUUUAGCAGGACCCUUCUCCUGUCGCUCAACUAGAGUUGGGAAGAAUAUUUGUGUGGGGGAGACAACUGAAGUUUACUCGUGUUUUGAACAGAAAUGUUUGUAUUGAUUUCUCUCCAAUGUGAAUGUUUUACAGAUCUCUUUAAUUUUGCAGAUAUUGAGCGUGUAUGUUUCCACAUCUCUCCCUCUUCUUCUAUUUUGCCACUGACAAAGGCAGCUUCAGCUAAAUAUAGGACAGCCACACACACACACACACACACACACACACCCCACACUUCCUCCUUUGUCCAGACAUUCCAGGGACUGUGAGAUAUAAAUGCAAUAGGAGAAUGGAGGAGAAACGGAAGCAGAUGGGGAGAUAAUAGCAGGGAAUGUGGCAAGAGGCUUCGUAAUGCAGGCAGAUGGAUCAGAAGAUAACUGUGUUCUUGGACAAGACGUCAGUUCAGCUCCAAGACAUUCCAGGGAACUCUCUGCAUUCUCCCCCUCCCAUUUCUCUCAUGCUUUGUGACUGGUGUCUGUGGGAUAAUGGGGCUUUUUGGAUCAAGAGUCUUAUCCAUAAUGGCAGAGAGAUGGAAGAUCUUCCCUAGGAGACCUUGCAUGUGUUCUCUUGAUUGACUUUCAGUGGUCCUGUUCCAAAGCUUAUCCGUUCAGAUUUGUUGCUCCUCUGUGGUGGAGCCUUAAAGCAGUGGGACAGUGUAUGUUAUAGAAUGUUCUAGGUUCAGUUCCUAACAUCUCCAUCUAACAAGGUUUCCAGUAGCUAGGGCAUCAAUCACUGCCUGGAGAGCAUCUGGCAGCCAAAGUGGACAAUGCUGUACUGGGUGGACUUCACCCAAUGUAAGGUUGCUUUGCUCUUUCAUGAGUAUUGUAGCUAGUGGAGCAGAUGCUUUGUACAGGGAAGAUUCCAGGUUCCAUUGAUGUCAUCUCCAGUUAAAGGGGUCUGGAGACAAAAGCAUUGAGGAAGACUGUUCUGUGAUGAAGAUCCUGGAGAGGGUCUUUGGGGAGUCGCUGUAGUCCUAUGGUAGACAAUCUGCUCGGCAUGCAGAAGGUUCCAGGUUCGACCCCCGAGCACCUCCAGUUAAAGAGAUGAGGUCAUAGGUCAUCUGAGAGCUGCUGCUCAUUACUACUUCCGGUAAGGCGCAUAGCUCAAUAUAAGUCAGCCUCCUAUGGUCCAGCAACCAAAUAAUGGGUAACUUUUCAAGCAAGUGGUACCCAUGCUUGAACAAAAUGAGGGGAAGUGCAUCAGAGCAAGGGCAUCUGAGAAGUGGCCUGAAAGAGCUGGUGUUAGGAUUGCUGUGUUGGUCUUCUCUGGUGUUCCAGUGUUUGACCUUCAGCUGCUUCAGUUACUUUGAUGCCAAACAACUUUGUCCACCCCAAACCAUAACCUCUUCUCUCCUAUAAUCCCGGAGCAUUUCUUGGAGGACACUCUGGAGGUGAAACGUUUCCCCAGGCGCUCUGCAGCUGUUGCCAGCAUCUGUUGGCUCUGCAUUUACCCAGCCUUAAAUGUUGUGAGACAUAUGAGUUUGGGAGUUAGAGUAUCAUGCUAUUACUCCUGCCAUGUCCUAAACUUUGGUCAGAUUCACUGGACUUCAUUCUCAAUGCAAUCAUUUUUAUUAUUUUGACUUUUGUGUUCCACAUUUGUGAACACCUUCGUGGAGUUCAGAAGAGCAUACACAGGAUUAUCCUGCAUUAUUCUUGCAUUCACUGUACUAGAUGGGUUGGCCAUGAUCCAGUGUCCUUUGUCCAAUCACAUUCCAAACAUUUAAGGGUUCAUACGAUUUUUAAGGGGGCAUCAAUCUUUGCAGAUUCUACCUUCCCACUAUAGAGCCAUAUUAUGCUGGGGAUUUAUUUUUUUUUUGGGGGGGGGGGGGGGGUUCACUGACCUCCUAGAUACAAAAUUCAACAGAAGUCACUGGGAAAGGAUUUUUUCAGCCUCCUUCAUGAGAAAACAUCAGUGCCCUUAAGUCUUCAGUUGGAUACAGGGCAUUUUCCAGGAUACAGGGAAUCCCCCAGAAUUACAGCUCAGACGCACAUUACAGAGAUCAGUUCCCUUGGAGAAAAUGGUUGCUUUGGAUUCUACUUCAUUGUACCCCACUGAGGCCCCUGUCCUCCUUUGGCUCAAUUUCCAAAUCUCCAGCAGUCUCCCAACCUGGAUCUGGCAACCCUACAUGCCCCCGUCCCCCACAGCUGGCCAGGAGAUACUUUGCAACCGUAUGUGCUGAAUAAGGGUUUGAAUCCAGAUCUCGCCUGUCCAUCACUGUUGCCCUCCUCUGUUGGAGACUGUGGUUUUAUAGUCAGCAUUUGAGCCAGUUGUGCUCUCUCUUAAACUCACCUUCUUCACAGGGUUGUGUUUUGAGGAUUAAAGGGAGAAGCAGAGAAUGUUGCAGACCCCUUCAGGUCCUUGUUGAGAAAAAAAGUGGAGUAUAAAUGAAGUUAAAUAAAUAAGUUAUAUCUAGAGGGACUAGUUUAAAAGCCAACAAUCCUAAAUUCAGCAGUCUCUACCUACUACGUCAUACUGGUUCCACAUAGUUGAUAUAAGACUCUUGCCAUCUCUGUGCAUUUACCCUGAAGGUACAUUUUCUGGAAAUGUCAAUUAGUAUUCCUCAGCAUAUUCCACAUAGUUCCACUUCCUGGAAGUUAAUAGCUUUGCAUUCAAUAUUUAGAUUCUUCCAGAGGGGUAGUUUCUUGGAGUGGCCAGCCUUGGGUGCUCCAGAUGUUUGUGGACUACAAUUCCCAUCAGCCCCUGCCAGCAUGGCCAAUUGGAAAUUGUAGUCCAUGAACAUCUGGAGCACCAUAGGUUGGCCACCCUAAAACCAGGGUGGCCUUUAAGGGGCCACUGAACUUCUGUUUUAUUUGACAUCUAGGACUUGAGAAAGAUUGAAAAUCCAAUUUACUCCAUUGCUUCUCAGCAGCUACAAAGGACUGUGAAGCGCUGUCUCCCCUCCCCCCCCCCCCCAGCUUAUAGUAGUGAGAAAAAUCGUUCUUGGGGUCGUGAACCCUCUCUCCUCCUCUUCUCUGCCUGCUACUCAGCUAAUUGGGUUUGUGUGCAUAUGCUUCUGAUUAACAAAAUUUGCAUUGUUAAUUGCAAUCCCACCGCAGGCCUGCUCCCUGGAGACCAGCCAAUGAGCCCCUUGGGGUUAAUUACCUUGGGGUGGGAGGUUCUCCAUGCUGCCUGCCUGUCAUGUCCUGCUGUGAUGAAACUUCCUUCUGCUCUUCUUCCCACCUUCUGUACCACCUGCCCCUCUUUCUAUCUCUUCCCCCCUCACCUGGGGACAGAGGAACAGCUGUUGGCAGGCUUCAUUAAGAUGAAAGAAAAUCAUUUUGGUCCCUUCUAACCUUCAGGCAUCUUUGACAACAAGGCAGUAAAAUGCGUCCAGCACAAAUGUGCAGCCCUGCUAAAACACCGUCCCUGCUGUGCGGUCAGUGAGUUCAUUUGUACUGAUGCUGCUCAGGGAGGGUUCCCUCCUCCUAGGCUUCAUGGUUUUAUGUCUUAUUUUUAUCUUGGCAAAGACAAAAAGAAAUUGUGAUACUUUGGCUCUGGACUGGAGGGAGAGGGCUAAGGUCAACUCCUGUGCCAAAUCUGCUGAAUUUCUGCAUCUGGGAAUUGUUGCAUGGAAGCUGGAGGUAGCACCUUUCUCUUUCUCCUGUUGCUGGGUGGUUUUGGGUGGGCAUUGCUGUCCACCCCUGGAGGUUUCAUGUUCUUGGCAGGAAAGAGUAGAAUCAGAUAGAUAACCCAUAAGAAGUUUUAAAUGAGGGGACAGCACAAGCUCCUUGAUUUAAUUAUGAACAGCCUAGACUCGGGUUGCACAGAUGCUGAAAUAGCCGUUUCUUUGUGUGCAUGCUUUGUACAGAUAUGAGGAGUAGCCACGGCUGCACCUCUGCUGUGCAUGGAGAAUUGAAGCUGGCUUUCAGAAGCCUCUCCCCUCCCCCCAGUAAAGCUGUGACUGAGAUUUGGAAUUCAAAUUAAGAUCUCCAUAUUAGGUCCGUAGCCAGGAAUGAUGCCAGUGGGAACGCCACUCCUCCCACCUAGAACAUUGAUUCAUCCCACCUACGGCUUGGGGGGGGGGGCAGCUUUCCCCCCCCAACCCAUUGUGAUAUUGCCAUUUAAAAACAGAGACUUUUAAAUAGGAAUAUUUCUGGUUUAAAAAUAGCCAGUGGCAGCUGGUACCUUCUGAAAGUGGAGGCGCUCCAAGCUCCACCCUACUCUGCCAGGCCAAGAAUCAUUCCUGCUGGAUUUUGCAAGAUCCUCCUUAUAUUUUAAAUGAGCUCCAAAAGAUCCCUGUUGAGCUGCUGUGGUCACCGCGAGCUGCUCAAGAAGCUUCCAGAGUUACAUUUCUUCUAAUUUCACCUUCCUAAUGGUAAGAAUUCAUAGCUGCUAAGACACACCAACUUGGCAAGAGGGCUAGAGAAGGUUAUGAGGAAAUCACUGUUUUUCCAUUUGUUAUUCCACUGUUACUUCCAAACUGGAAUGCUAUCCUGGGGAGCUUCCUCAUGAUGUCCUGUAACCAUCCACUCUUCAGGUUUUCCCUGUCUUCAGCAUGGUUUUCUGCAAACCUAGUUCAGUGUAAUCUUUUCUGAAAGAAUGCCAUUGAAGCAUAUAAGUAUGCUGUGUGAAAGGAUUUGUGUACAUUUUCAAAUAUCCUAACCUUAUCAGCACCAGUUUCCUUUUGUAAGUCAUUUGCAGUUGCUGGUUUCCUCCCAUGCCAUUGGAGAAUUUACUGGUACGGAGGGUGGGGUGGGGGUAAUUGCUACAGUGUUAUACCACUAUUGUGCUGUAACAGGUGUUUUUUAAGCUCACGGAAGUUCUCCUAUGGUGCAGUGGGGGGAAAUUCAGGGGAAAUGGUGACUGGCAGAGUGAAGGACACAGAAAAUCCCCAUGUGGUGAUGAAGGAGGUGGUGAUGGCCACUAACCUGGAUAGCUUUAAAAAGGGCUUGGACAGAUUUAUGGAGGAGAAGUCGAUCUAUGGCUACCAAUCUUGAUCCUCCUUGAUGUCAGAUUGCAAAUGC